UUUCAGGAAUGUCACUUCAAAAAACAGAAAGGUUUGAUGGGAUUGAUAUCAAAGAAGAGAUGACAGACGACCAACAAGUUAACACUACUUCAACCUGGUCAUCAUCAGUGUGCAAUUGUAAAUGUGAGGAAGACGACGGAAGUAACAAUCAGAAAGCAGAAGUCGUGCCUUGUGAUCAGCUUGAAGCUAGUUCAGAACACUUUAACCAAGUAGGUGAAGUUGUAAAGAUUGAAGAUGUCAGAAGUUUCCGCGAUAUCCCGGUUAAAGAUGAACUUUUGGACUAUAAAGAACUUUGGUGUGAUAACUGUAAACUUGCACUAACAACAUGGAAUGUAAUACCUGCGAAAAUAAAUUCUUCUUCUUUUCCUAUACCUACAGAGUCUGAUUGUAAUAUUCAGGCUGAAACUCUAUCUAUUGGAGAAACCUCACUGUCUGGGACUAAACAGAAGUUCAAAAAACGGAAACAAACACACACCGGAGAAAACCCUUAUUCUUGCAGUUUCUGUGAUUACAAAGCAAGUCAAUCGAGCACUCUUGCUCGUCACAAACUGACACACAUCGGGGAGAAACCUUAUUCUUGCAGUUUGUGUGAUUUUAAAUCAAAUCAAUUGGGCCAUCUUGCUUCUCACAAACGGACACACACCGGAGAUAAACCUUAUUCGUGCAGUUUGUGUGAUUAUAAAUCAAAUCAAUCGGGCAAUCUUGCUUGUCACGAACUGACACACACUGGAGAGAAACCUUAUUCUUGCAGUUUGUGUGAUUAUAAAUCAAAUCAAUUGAGCGAUCUUGCUCGUCACAAAUUGACACACACCGGGGAGAAACCUUAUUCUUGCAGUUUGUGUGAUUACAAAUCAAAUCAAUCGGGCAAUCUUGCUAUUCACAAACUAAAACACUCUGGGGAGAAACCUUAUUCCUGCAGUUUUUGUGAUUAUAAAUCGUAUCGAUCGAGCGAUCUUGCUCGUCACCAACGGACACAUACCGGGAAGAAACCUUAUUCUUGCAGUUUGUGUGAUUACAAAGCGAAUCGAUUGAGCACUCUUGCUAAUCACGAACUGACACACACAGGAGAGAAACCCUAUUCUUGCAGUUUGUGUGAUUAUAAAUCCUAUCGAUUGAGUGAUCUUGCUUGUCACAUACGGACUCACACCGGGGAGAAACCUUAUUCUUGCAGUUUGUGUGAUUAUAAAUCCUAUCGAUUGAGUGAUCUUGCUCGUCACAAACGGACAUACACCGGGGAGAAACUUUAUUCUUGCAGUUUGUGUGAUUACAAAGCGAGUCGAUCAAGCACACUUGCUCGUCACAAACUAACACACACCGGGGCCGGGGAGAAACCUUAUUCUUGCAGUUUUUGUGAUUACAAAGCAAGUCAAUUGAGCGAUCUUGCUUCUCACAAACGUAUACACACUGGGGAAAAACCUUAUUCUUGCAGUUUGUGUGAUUACAAUGCGAGUCGAUCGAGCAGUCUUGUUCGUCACAAACUGACACACACCAGGGAGAAACCUUAUUCUUGCAGUUUGUGUGAUUAUAAAUCAAAUCAAUCGGGCAAUCUUGCUAAACACAAACUGACACACAAGGAAUUCAGGAUUCAGGAGCAAGAAUUUUGCUAGUUAAUACAUUAAAACAUUAUUUAAUAUAGUAUGUUUGAUAAAUUAACUUGAACAGAAUUUAGACAACCAAAAUCUUGUCGGUCAUCCCAGAAAAUAUAUUUGAAUGAUAUUGCAAACUUUAUAUUGUACUCCGUUUUUUGGUUAAUUUUGCUAACUACAAUUUGUGCUUGAUUAUAACAUAUAAUUUAAUUUAAUAAUUUGAUGAAUGAAAUUAGUUACCAAUUAUAAUACACUAGAAACUCACUAGUUGAAAGAUUUGUUCAAGGAAAUCUUAAAAAUCAGUUAUGUUUAAUUUCUCUUUUAAAUCAUCUAGCUCUGUACUACUACUGUGGAAAGUAGGGAUUUUAUUUGACAAUGACGAAAGCGUUUAAUUUUGAGAUAAGCCUAAAUUGAACAUUUUUAUUAGAUUUUGAAAAUCUUGGACCACUAAAAAUUGUCAAAAACCGAGGUUUUCAUUCUGCCACUGUUAUUAACUAAAAUAUUAAUUGAUGGCCCAAGUACGAAUUCAUAAAUAAAUCGUCGUUUGACUUUGGCCCUAAAUUAACUCAUUAGUUUAUUCACGUGGAAUGAUAACUUUUAUUGACUUAGUUAUUAACUUAGUCGACCUAACCUAGAGACAAUGUUGUAAAAUGAACCAAUGAAUUGUAUGAAAAAGGAAGAAUUUAAAUUAGCACAAGCAGUUUCUUGUCGGUUAUCACAAACAAAUAUUUGACCGAUAUUGCAAACUUUAGAGUGUUCUACUCUAUUUUUGACAAUGUUGUAAAGACGACUACUCAAACGUAACAGUUAAAUAGG